AUGUCGACCACACCUCUCAGUACUUCCGGUGGCCAAAAGCUUAGCUAUGAUGUAUUUUACAUCAUGGUAGAGGAAGGGCAAAUCGAUGAAUGGGAUGAUAUCUGCUCCCUUCGUGAGACAUGCCGCACCCUAGCCAAAAUCUUAGGGCCGCCAUUAUAUCGGAAGGAUAUCAGAUACAGCUUAAAAAAGGAGGACAAGUGCAAGCGCAUAUAUCUGGAAAAUGCAGCUAAAGCUAACGCUAUACUAUCCGAACCCGUUUACAGUCCUAUUUGGAAACGUAGAAGGGGCUAUGACGAAUCAUCUGGCGACGACGAAUCGGACGAAAGCUACCCUGAUGACCGCAGUGACGAGGACGAGGGGCUUUUCCGAGAAUGGGAACCUCUCGAUCCAUCCACGUACUUCGGAAAGCAUCAGACAAAUUUGAACCGUCCAGUUGUCUUCAAGAUAAGAAGGACCGCUCUCUAUUGGGCUGCCCAGAAGGGGUAUACAGAAAUGCUCAAGACGGUUCUCAGGCAAGCAAAGCACACCGAUCGACGAUACUUGGACCUGAAAGUUGAAGGGGGAAAGACAGCUCUCGGAAUUGCUGCCAGGAAUGGUCAAACCGAGAUCGUCGAAUUACUUGUCAAGGCUGGAGCUUUUGUGGACGCACCUUCACCGUACUCGAGAACCUUUACUCGAAGACACCGGGGAGCGCGUCUUCGUGACGUGUCGCCAAGUCAUCCAUCUAACUUUGGUGAUCGACGACAACACUUUCUCACACCUCUCGGUAUCGCCAUUCGGUAUGGCAAAGAAGACACUGCAAUUUCCCUAGCACACCAUACCGAGCACCUGGAUCACCCUGGCUGGAACCAGUGGCAUACUAUAAUCUCACCCUUGACCCUUGCCGUGGUAAAUAAGAUGUACGGAGUUAUCAAAGUCCUGCUUUCUCGGGGGUACAAAGACUACGCCGACAUUAGCUAUUCAUACGAACGCGAGUGGCAUCCAAUGUGCGUCGCCGCCUCCCUCCCGAACAACGAAGAAAUGCUCGGAUUCCUUAUCAGUCACGGCAUGGGAGUAGAUACCAAAGGAUCUUGGGGUUGGUAUCCUCUCGAAAUGGCUGUCCACAGUGAAUGCGUCAGCAACGCCAUCUAUCUGCUUGGUCGUGAGGAGCCUGGCUACGUGGGUGACCGUAUCACUACCGCACUAUACAGAGCCAUGAUGCGCGACAGGAAUCUUGAAGUGACCAAAGCGAUCGCCGAGCGCCUGAAUUCUCUCGGCCACUUUGAGCUACUUCAAAGACAGCUUUGUGACACAGACUUCUCAAGGAAGCGUUCAAAAACGCUUUCCUUCAUGGCCAACCUGCUGGUUAGUGGGCUCAAUAAAGCCUACAUUAGAGAGGAUCAGACCUACAUCCAUUGGAUUCUAGAGAAGUCCGACAGCGAGCUUGGCUUCAGACCGCACUUCUGGUGCGAUAUAACACACAUAAAGGAAUAUGUCAAGGAUGGAUUCGAUAUCAAUGCCAAGGACAGGGAUGGGUACACAGGUGCCGAUUUGGCCAAGAAAAGCGGGAGGGAAUAUGCAUACAAAGAGCUCAUAUCUUAA